UGCAAGAGCAGCUAGACGGUUAGCUUGUUACCGAACGCGAGGGGACGAAAGAAGUCAGACUUCUUGUCAUUCCGACACCGAAAGCGAUAGCGGUCUGUUUUUGGUCUCCCACUCUUUGCAAAAUGAGACAAAGUUUGCUUGGCAUGAUUUGUUUGGCGCUUUUGAUUACUUUCGUUGCUUGCAACGCCCCGCCGGUACCGCUGGACGACAUCGUCGUGGAGAAGACCUUCGUCCCUGAGCAAUGUGAUAGGGCAGUUAAAUCUGGCGACUUUGUCAGAUACCAUUACAAUGGGAUGUUCCCCGACGGCAAGAAGUUUGACUCCAGCUAUGACCGAGGCUCCACGUAUAACGUGUACGUAGGGAAGAGGCAGCUCAUCGAAGGCAUGGACAAGGCCCUGCUGGAGAUGUGUGUGAACGAGAGACGCCUGAUCAAGAUCCCACCUGCCCUGGCGUACGGCAAGGGCGGAUACGGUGACAUCAUCCCCCCAGAUGCCAUCCUGCACUUUGACGUCCUGCUGCUGGACAUCUGGAACCCAGAGGACACAGUCCAGAUCCGGACGUACCACCGGCCCGAGAAGUGCGAUCGCACCGUCCAGGUGUCCGACUUCAUCCGUUACCACUACAACGGCACUCUGCUGGACGGCACUCUGUUCGACUCCAGCCACACCCGCAUGCGUACCUAUGACACCUACGUGGGCAUUGGCUGGCUCAUCGCAGGAAUGGACCAGGGGCUGCUGGGAAUGUGUGUUGGGGAGAAGCGCAUCGUCACCUUGCCGCCAUUCCUGGGUUACGGCGAGAAUGGAGAUGGCAGUGACAUCCCCAGCCAGGCCUCCCUGGUUUUCGAUGUGGUUCUGCUGGACCUCCACAACCCCAAAGACAGCAUCACAGUGGAGGAGCAAGUGGUGCCAGACCCCUGCCCCAGAAAGAGCCAGGUGGGCGACUUCAUGAGGUACCACUACAACGGCACACUCCUGGAUGGGACGCCAUUUGACUCCAGCUACUCCCGGAACCACACCUAUGACACCUACAUUGGGAAGGGCUAUGUGAUCGCGGGCAUGGAUGAGGGCCUGCUUGGCCUGUGCAUUGGCCAGAGGAGAAGGAUCAUUAUUCCACCUCACCUGGCCUACGGAGAGGAGGGUACAGGCACCAAGAUCCCUGGCUCGGCCGUGCUGGUCUUCGACAUUCACGUCAUCGACUUCCACAACCCCUCGGACACAGUGCAGAUCAACAGCUACUUCAAGCCCGACAACUGCAACCCAGUUAGCAAGAAGGGCGAUUUCGUCAAGUACCACUACAACGCCACCCUGAUGGACGGCACCCACAUUGGCUCCACGCACACCUAUGGGAAGACCUAUGACGUUGUCCUUGGGGUGGGGCAGGUGGUGCCAGGGAUGGAGCUGGGGCUGAAGGACAUGUGUGUGGGAGAGAAGCGCACCCUAAUCAUUCCCCCUCACCUGGGCUACGGCGAGAGAGGAGUGGAUGGUGAGGUCCCAGGCAGCGCUGUGCUGGUGUUCGACAUCGAGAUGAUUGACAUGGAGGAAGGGCUUCCUGAAGGUUACAUGUUCAUCUGGAAUGGUGAGGUCUCCCCUAAUCUCUUCAAUGAGAUGGACAAGAACAAAGACAACCUGGUGGAGCCUUCAGAGUUCUCCGAUUACAUCGCACGUCAGGUCAACGAGGGCAAGGGACGGCUAGCCCCCGGUUUUGACGCCCACAGGAUCAUUGAGAACAUGUUCUCCAACCAAGACCGGAACAGUGACGGGAAGAUCACACCUGAUGAGUUCAAGCUGAAAGCAGAUGAGACCCCUUCACACGAUGAACUAUAAGAGCCGGGGCUCAUAGCAUUGAAAACGUGAUUCAGGGUCGAUAACACUAACCCGAAAACAUUUUUUAUAGUGUUGAAUAUUGUUUUUUCUGUUGUUUCCUUUUUUUCUACGUCUUAGAAGGGAGCUCCAGUCGUAUCCAUAAUUUGAUGUUUUGUGUACUGAUUAACUUAAGAUACAGGAAUGAGAGGCUGGUCAAGCAAAGCACACUGAGCUCAGGAACCAAAACGCUGCCUUAAAUUGCCAUGACAACAGCCGAUGUCGACAGGUCGGCUUGGGUUAUUGCGCACAAAGGAAAACGCGGUUGACUCUUUGGUCUUUGGUCAUGAGUACAAAUUCUACUGCUGUUCAGUUCUAAUGCACUCAGUAUGGGUCAUGAUGAAGUUUCUUGAGGGCCCAUACAGACAGGUCCAAUUGAAGAUGAUCGGACUGCUUGUCCCAAAACUCUUCUUAGUCAUGAAAGAAUACAGGCCAGUGGCAUCUCCUUUGUUAGACAUACCAGGUGUCGAAGAUUAAUUUGAGCAGAGUCUUCAGGCAGGUUCGGGAGAGCAAAGCUUUAUUCUUGUAUUCUGGAGAGUCAACACACACAUAAGCACAGUAUCUGUGAACUCUGUCCUUCACAGAGGAUAGGCAGAAUAUAUAAAACAACCUCCCAACUUCCUCUUAUCAGUUCCUCUUCAGAACUGGUGCUGGCUGGUAAUGCAGUCGGGGCACAGUUGCAUACUAGCACACUAGCUUAAGCAGACAGAUAUCAUCCCUCGCAGGGGAGGCAACUGGCAGUUACAGUUUUCCAAGUACGCUCAUGUGAUGAUGUGCAUACGGCACGUACACCAUGGCCCAGUAUCUUUCCACUCAUGAUGCAGUUCAUAUAGUUCAUUCUAAGGUUACCAUCUUACAUUCCCACGUAAUUUUUAUUUCCACACCAGGUGAAUGGCAAUGAACUGCUAAGCUAAUCAGAGAGCAAGAGGGUGGGACUUGUGCACUAUCCGAGGUGCUGUAAUUGGUAAACAUCGUUGAUCAGACAGUGCAGGCAGUACUAGUACAUUGACAAAAACUAGUACAUUGACAAAAAUACAAAUACUAGUAUUUGGCAAGACUAAACAGACUUCUGUUAGGCAAAGUUUGGAAAAAAACCCCACUGAUAUCACUUCGCCUCCCCUGAUAAUGUCAUUGCUGCUGUUUGCAGAGUGUGAGUUGAUGAAGUUUGAGCGUAGCAUGUUUAUUUAACCAGCUUACUUUGCUCUCCCUGCAAAAGCUUGCAGUAUAUCAGGAGACAACUCUCUGCCCUGUUUCCCAUCAUGCAUCGCGGACUGACAUAGAAGAGCAGUCAGUCCCCAAAAGGCCAGGUCAGGGUACAUCAAGAUGUUGUACUAAGGCCUUUAUAUACAUUGUUGUAAUAUCACCUUUACUGAUUAGAAGAGAGUUUAGGUCAAGGUGUGGAGCUCAGCAUUAGAAUAUAAAACUCUUAAAACUGUCCAUUUCCCUCAGUCAUAAGUCAUGGUUUGAGAUAUGCGACAUAUGCUACAAAGUUCAUGAGACACAUCCAUGAGAAAAGCAUGUGUAAUUAUAUACCAAUGGGUGUACAUGAGUUGCUUUCUGUUUUGAAAGUCACAUCUUUUACAGUUUUGGUAUUAGUUCGAGCUCAGCCUACUCAAA